GUUGAUCUGAGAGGUAGAGGCCUUCGGCGCAGGGCAGACGUCACCAUGGCCUUCCUGAUACACCUGCUGGUCUGCACCUUCGGGAUGGGCUCCUGGGUUGCCAUCAAUGGGAUCUGGGUAGAGCUGCCCCUGCUGGUGACGGAGCUGCCCGAGGGGUGGUAUCUUCCCUCCUACCUCACCGUGGUCAUCCAGCUGGCCAACAUCGGCCCCCUCCUGGUCACCCUGCUCCAUCACUUCCAGCCCAGCUGCCUUUCGGAGGUGCCCAUCAUCUUUAUUGUGCUGGGUGUGGGCACCCUCGCCUGUACCCUCUUCGCCUUCCUCUGGAAUGUCACCUCCUGGGUGCUGGACGGCCACCACAGCAUUGCCUUCAUGGUCCUCACCUUCUUCCUGGCCCUGGUGGACUGUACCUCAUCUGUCACCUUCCUGCCUUUCAUGAGCCGUCUGCCCGCCCACUACCUCACCACCUUCUUUGUGGGCGAAGGACUCAGCGGCCUCCUGCCUGCCCUGGUGGCUCUUGCCCAAGGCUCGGGUCUCACCACCUGUGUCAAUGUCACUCAGCCAUCAGACACCACCCCAAGCCCUGAGACCACCGGGAAGACGGUCUUCCCACAGGGAGCCAGCAGUACCUUCGUGUCUGACCUUAUGGAGACGACGCGUUCCGCGGUCCAUCUGGAAAGCCGCUACCUCCCGGCCAACUUCUCGCCCCUGGUCUUCUUCCUCCUGCUCUCCUUCAUGAUGGCCUGCUGCCUCACUGCUUUCUUUCUCCUCCAGCGUCAGCCCAGGCCCAGGGAAUCUUCCAUAGAAGACCUCCUCACCUCCCAGGUCACACUCCACUCCAUCCGGCCACGGGAAGGGGAAGACCUGGGCCCCCCAGGUCCAAGGCUUAGCAGCAAGACCCAGGGGCAUCCAGAGGAGAAAACAGCCUCCGACCACCCAGCAUACCUGGCCUUCAUCUACAUCCUGGUGGCCUUUGUGAACGGGCUCACCAACGGCGUGCUGCCCUCCGUGCAGACCUACUCCUGCCUGUCCUACGGGCCUGUUGCCUACCACCUAUCGGCCACCCUCAGCUCCAUGGCCAACCCUCUUGCCUGCUUCCUCUCCAUGUUUCUGCCUCACAGGUCUCUGCCAUUCCUGGGGGUCCUCACAGUGCUCGGGACUGGCUUUGGCGCCUACAACAUGGCCAUGGCUGUGAUGAGCCCCUGCCCCCUCAUGCAGGGCCACUGGGGUGGAGAGGUCCUCAUUGUGGCUUCGUGGGUGCUGUUCAUCGGCUGUCUGAGCUACGUCAAGGUGAUGCUGGGCGUGAUCCUGCGCGACCGCAGCCGCAGCGCCCUCUUGUGGUGCGGGGCGGCGGUGCAGCUGGGCUCCCUGCUCGGAGCUCUGCUCAUGUUCCCGCUGGUCAACGUGCUGCGGCUCUUCUCGUCCGCCGACUUCUGCAGCCUGCAGUGCUCCGCCUAGGACGCCCGCGGCCUAGCACCAGGCCCGACCCGCUCCCUGACUGACUCCUGGAAACGCGGGCAGGGCACGUGCCCGAGGUCACAGGGCAGGCGGCGGAGAGGUGGGAGGCAGAGGCUGAGGACCUGGGCAUCCCGUCACCGCGCCUCUAGGACGGCCGAGAGCGCCGCAAGGCCUCCCGUGGGACCUGGGGCCCGCAAAGCACAGCCCCACCCCAAGCCGCGUCACAGUGCCCGCAAUUCCAUUUCAGAACUUCUAUGGGCUCUUUAGAGAGAGCAGGUUUGCAGCACCCAGCUGGAGGCAGGCGCAGGAGCGUCAGAAAGGAAACUGCCGAGAGCGUGAGCUAGCCCUCACAGGUGUGUGACCUCGGGGAAGUCACUUAUUUCUCUGUACCUCGGUUUCCUAAAAUGGGGAUUGUGAUAAAUAGCACCUACCUCAUAGGUUUAGCACAGGGAUAAAGGUGAGAAGCGCCCAGCAUGUAGCAAGCCCUCUUGGGCCAUUUCCAAUCUGAUGCCCAACAGAAAUAACAAAAGGGACAGUCUACACAACCUAGAAGUGGCCAGGGUGGUUCAGAGACGACCCCUGCCCUGUAACCUUUUUCUCACUCUCCUCGCAGAGGAGCUUCUACAAUAGAGAUGGCGAAGGGUGGAAUCAUGGGCGUCUUGACCCCUCAGUUCCCAAGAUAGAUGGACCCUGGACCCCACACACCCUUUCCUGUCACCCCUCCUGACCCAUGAGGUUCUGCUCCUUGGAAAGUGAGUGACCUCCUAGCAGAGAGAUGAUAGGGGGAGGAACAACACCAAACCUCUAGAAGUGAGUCCAGUUCCUCCCCCACUCACCAAGCAGGGGAACCAGACCCUGGGAAGUCUGGGGAGAAGUGCAUCUGCUACCUAUUAUUUUGUUCUCUUUUUUACUUUUUUUUUUUAGAUGGACAUCCCCUGCUCUUACAUUAAUAUCAGCCAUCCCAUAAAAAUGUCUAACAUGAACCCUAAGAUCAAUAUAAUCAAUUUUCAGUUCUAAGGUCAAGGCUAAGCUCAGAAAUGAACAGAAUCAAGUGCUUAGAGAAUGUCUGGUUCUGGGACUUCUUUUCUUUUCUUUUCUUUUCAUUUAUUUUGAAUAGAUAAUGUAGUCACAUGUUCCAAAAUCAGAAAAUAUAAAAUGAUGUUCAGCAAAAAAAAAUUCCUUUCCUCCUGCCCCCCACCUGCUCAGUUCCUCGCAACAAACACACCCACGUGCACACACACAGUACUUUUAUUAGUUUCUUGUUCACACUUGCAGAGAUUAUGCAAAUACAAAUAUAGAG